CUGCUUCAAUCUAAACGUGUGCGGAAGACAGGGACAUUACAGUGGGGUUAAAGUUCGGUUCGUGCUAUCCGGGAUCCUUGGGACUAAACCCUUACUUUAACCAUAAGCCCUUGCCACAACCCUUAGGCUACCUAAGCAUAACCCUCAACCAUUUUACAUUUCAACUUCACUGGGGGUCGGGACGUCCCAAGGAUCCCAGGUAGCACGGAUCGUGAAAGUUAAACUGCCCUGUUGUUGUUUUUUUUCGAAAACCCGUGACAUACAGGGAAGAUAUCCUUAAACCGGUCGGGCUAUCUCGUUUUUUAAGAGGAUACAAAAUAGCGUUUUUAAUCCCCUUUUUUCGGAGGCAGCAAACAUGAUGAAAACGAGGGGAUGUUGUGCGUCCAUCUGUCAAUGUUUUUUCGAAUAUUCAACACCGAAAAUUAUUGUAAUUAGGAGCUUCAAGGUUGGAACCCUCAACAGAAUCACGCAGGCUUUAGUGAUUGCAUAUGUGAUCGGGUAUGUCUGUGUGCUGAACAAAGGCUACCAGGACACGGAUGCAGUCCUCAGCUCUGUCACGACCAAGGUGAAGGGCAUCGCCCUGACCAACACUUCUGACCUGGGUCUGCGAAUCUGGGAUGUGGCAGACUAUGUCAUCCCACCACAGGAGGAGAACUCUUUCUUUGUGUUGACGAACCUGCUCAUCACUCUGAACCAAACUCAGUCGCACUGUCCAGAGGUCCCAAAAACUGGUUUUGACUGCACCUCAGACAGGGACUGCAAGGCUGGCUCACGUGAUACCCGAGGCAAUGGUGUUCAGACUGGGACAUGUGUGAAGUACUCAGCUGUGGAUAAGACAUGUGAGGUUCUGGCUUGGUGCCCGCUGGAGUUGGAUAAGGAACCUCCCAAUCCUCCAAUGUUGGCAGAUGCAGAGAACUUCACAGUGCUUAUAAAGAACAGCAUCCGGUACCCCAAAUUCAACUUCAAUAAAAGGAAUAUCUUACCCUAUGUCAACAAGACCUACUUGGAACAAUGUGUAUUCAAUCGCAUCACUGACCCAGACUGCCCGAUCUUCAGACUCAAAGACAUGGUCACAGAGGCCAAUGAGGACUUUCAGACCAUGGCUGUCCAUGGUGGGGUUAUGGGUGUCCAGAUCCGUUGGGAAUGUGAUCUGGACAUGCCAAGCAGCUGGUGUGUGCCUAGGUACACCUUCCGUCGCCUGGACAACAAGGACCCAGUGAACAAUGUGGCGCCUGGAUACAACUUCAGAUUUGCCAAAUAUUACAAAAAUGGUAACAAUGAAGAGACAAGGACAUUAAUCAAAGGAUUUGGAAUACGUUUUGAUGUCAUGGUUUUUGGUCAGGCUGGAAAAUUUAACAUAGUGCCAACACUGCUGAAUGUUGGUGCUGGUCUUGCCCUCCUUGGCUUGGUGACUGUUGUUUGUGAUUGGAUUGUGCUGACAUGCAUGACGAAAAAAACCAUCUAUAACGAAGAGAAAUACUCUUAUGUUGAUGACUUUCAAUUGCCGGUUGAAUCACCGUCAGGAGCUGGUGGAGGUCUAAUUCAUGACUUGGGGAAAUUUCUCAGAAGUCCUUCCUCCAAUUCCAGUUUGUUCCUUAAAGCCUCUCACCCCACCAAACAGACCAAACAGAUCUUUGGUGAGCUGGAGUGGGAGGGGGAGGGGAAGGAGAUUGGCAGCAUGUUCCUGACCAAGAACAGGACCCACAUCCAGGUGACCAUGGCAGGCUGGUAUGUGGUCUUUGUCCAAGCCACCUUUAAGCUGCCAGCAGGGAAUGACACCAGGGACCUAAGGCUACAGCUGGAUUUCACCUACCAGGAGCGUACGGACCAGUUUGCCAGUGCCUUUGACACGCGGCAGUUGCUGGAAGAGGAGCAAGACGCCCCAUUGAGUUUCUCUGUCCUUUUGCGGAUGGAGCCGGAGAAUAGACUGUCUGUGAUGGCAAGCCACAGGCAGCGGGUUGAUUAUGAGAGAAGACCAGUCUCUACCUUCAUUACUAUCAUUAGAUGCUCUGACUAGCCAAACUGGAGCCUGAGGAGAGGACCAAUGUCUAAUACCUUUUGAGUUCGUGUCUGUAUGCCACACGUAUCCAUUAAGGUGGUAUGUACAGGUAACUGCCAAAAUAAAGGAAACACCAACAUAAAGUGUCUUAUUUGGGGUGUUGGGCCAGAAGAGUUUCAAUGCACCUUGGCAUAUAUUCUACACGUGUCUGGACCUAUUGGAGAGAUGCCAUAUGAAAUUCCAUAAUUUGUUUUAUUUGUUGAUGGUGAAGGAAGACGCUAUCUCACGCAACACUCCAGAAUCUCUCAAGUGUUAAAUUGGGUUGAGAUUUGGUACAUGAGAUGGCCAUGGCAUAUGGUUUACAUCGUUUUCAUUGUCAUCAAACCAUUUAGUGACCACUUGUGCCCUGUGGGUGGGAGGCAUUGUCAUCCUAUUGGGGCUUAGACAUAGUAGCCAAAAUAAUGGGCAAAUUAAUGUCCUGCCCAGCAUUUUUAUACCUGACCCUAAACAUGAUGCGAUGUUAAUUGCUUUUUAACUCUGGAACCACACCUGUGUGGAAGCACCUGCUUUCAAUAUGCUUUGUAUUUACUCAAGUGUUUCCAUUUAUUUUUGCCAAUUACCUGUAUGAAACCAGAGACCUAGGGAAGGACUCGAUUGUAUACUCCUCAGGUCCCCUGCUCAAAACUAAUUGGAUGAGAGAACAGAGGUCCCUACCCUCUGACCUCCAAUGGGUUUUGAAAGGGAGACGAGGAGAGAGGACGUGACGUGUAUCCUUCCAUAAGAGAUUAGAAUCUUUAAACGACAAACCCUGUGAUUUUAUGAGCUGUCUGCACAUCACUGCUGGCUUGUUAUUAUGCCUUUGUAGGGGAUGGAGAAACUGUAGGUGGGCUCAGUGGUGACAGACAUGGUUACUGACAAGAGAAGGGUGCAAGCAGGAUGGGGGUAAAGGAUGUCCACCAGCCAAUUACCUCAUUUCAUCUUCUUAAUUUGGCUGAUUUAUUUGUCUUAACAAUAUCUGAAUGUCUGGAUUGAAGCGAGUUAUACUGUUAAGGGUUCUAGCAUGGUGCAUCUCAAUAGCAGGACUACAGUAAAAAAAAAGGCAUUUUAUUUGGCCUAAAAAAAUCUGACUAUGUCUUUUAUAUAUUAUAUCAGGUAACAUUUUUAUAUACUCAACAAAUUAAUGUUGCAGAAAAAUAAAGUACCUGACCACACUACACAACUUCUGUUGACACCCAUCUUUUACCAAUUCUUAUAAUGUUGUGUAGUAGUGAUUGACAUAUAAUAAAUGUGAGAGAGCGAGUGC